AAACCGCUUUAGACUUACUGCAGACUCUUAUUUUGAAAACCAAAGAGCCACCCGGAACAACAUGCUCUGUCUGCUCUGGACUGUGAAACCAAACAGGAUUGCGCUGCGUACAUGACUACUUUAGCCAAAGCAAUGUCCAAGUUCCGUCUGGCUGUGGUCCAGCUGCAGGUGACGAGCGUCAAAGCGGACAACCUGAACAGAGCCCGGAGGCUGGUGAAAGAAGCUGCGGGACAGGGCAGCAAAGUGGUGCUGCUGCCGGAAUGCUUCAAUUCUCCGUAUGGAACCAGCUUCUUCUCUGCGUACGCUGAGAGGAUCCCAGGAGAGUCCACCCAGGUGCUGUCAGAGGCAGCGAAGGAGAAUAAGGUGUAUCUAGUGGGAGGAUCUAUCCCUGAAGAGGAUGGUGGUGGGAAGUUGUAUAACAGCUGUACAGUGUUUGGCCCUGAUGGAGAGCUGAUUCUUAAACACAGGAAGAUUCACCUCUUCGACAUCGACGUUCCAGGAAAAGUCAGCUUCCAGGAGUCUGAGACGCUGAGUCCAGGGAGCAGUUUGUCGAUGUUUGAAACACCGUUCUGUAAAGUGGGUGUGGGGAUUUGCUACGACAUGAGGUUCGCAGAGCUCGCACAGCUCUACAGCAGGAGAGGCUGUCAGCUGCUGGUCUACCCUGGAGCCUUCAACAUGACAACUGGUCCAGCGCACUGGGAGCUCCUGCAGAGGGGGAGGGCGCUUGAUAACCAAGUAUACGUGGCCACAGCAUCACCUGCCAGAGAUGAGACUUCUUCAUACGUCGCCUGGGGUCACAGCACUGUGGUAAACCCAUGGGGAGAGGUUAUCGCCAAGGCUGGAACGGAGGAGGCAGUGAUUUAUGCUGAUAUCGACCUGCAGUAUUUGGCCGACAUCCGACAGCAGAUCCCAAUCACAGCUCAGCGUCGAGACGACCUCUACGCAGUGACGUGUGUGCAGGAAGGAUCCAGCUGAAUGCCGUGACCUUGAAAAAAUCAGGUGCGGAGGUACCAAACGCAAACUACGCAUCAGAUCUCUGCUGCAGCCGCUUUUGUGUAAUGUCCAGUGCUCAAACAAGUAGACAAUCAGCAGAAAAUGUAUAACAGGUUCUGUGAUCAUUUCUGGUUACAGUUUAUCUUUUAAUCUGCUUCAGAUUAAUUGUAAUUGUUCAAUUGACACUUUUUGACUCAGACAGAUUAGUCAAUGAAAAUCUUUGUACAAAAAGAGUGAAGUCACUAUUACUGGAAUUAUAUUCAUCUCUGCACAGAAUAAGACUUUUGUCCCUUUUUUUGGAUCUUUCAUCCAUUCUGCUUUAUUUUGUCUCAUGAAAAGUUCUAUCGAUUGUAACUUCAGAGAUUUGAAAUGUAGAAAUGAUUCAGUUCUUCACUGACCUAUUUUCUGUCACAGUGAAAGAACAUGAGUAGAUCUGUGAGGUGAAAUAAAACAGCUCCAGGUA